CCAGCAAGCCCAGGACUGAGGCACCUGGAGGAACCCUCCCCAGGGACAGAGUCCACUAAGGAAAAACUAACUACCCUUUGCCUACCUCAAUGGAGAAUGACACCCUCUCUACCUCAGUGCCUCUUUCAGAACAGACAUCCCCACUGUCUGGCAGAACGAUAGGGCUGGUAGUGCUGUCCCUGGCAUUUAUCCUUGGCUUCCCAGGAAAUGCCUUUGUAAUAUGGAGUGCAGCCUGCCUUGUCCGGAAGCACACUGUCACCAGCCUCCUGAUACUGCACUUGGCCGUGGCUGAUGGGGCCACACUGCUCACUGCACCCUUUUUCCUCCGGCUGCUGAGCAUCGGGCAAUGGGAGUUUGGUCUUUUCAUCUGCCAGAUGUGCUACUAUAUCUGUGGGGUGUGCAUGUAUGCCAGCGUCUACCUCAUUGUCCUCAUGAGUCUUGACCGCUGCCUGGCUGUUUCCAAGCCUUUCCUCUCCCAGAACAUCCGCACCAAGGUAGUAGCCAGGUCCUUGGUCCUAGUUAUAUGGCUGUUGUCUUUCCUCCUUGCCAUCCCCGUCAUCUUCUACCGCCGAUUGGAAAAUUACUCUGGCCGCUUCAUCUGCAAGCUAUCUCAUGAUAAUCAGCAACAUUUAGUUUUCCACAAACUCUUUGAGAUCCUGACCGGCUGCAUACUGCCCUUUUUCAUUAUCAUCUGCUGUUACAUCGUCAUCGGGCACCGGCUGAAGGAGACGCGUUUCCGGAGGAAGCGCCGCACCAGCCGGCUCAUCACAGUCAUUGUGGUGGCCUUCGCUGUCUUCUGGCUGCCCUAUCACUUUGUGAACAUCCUUGAGGUGGUCGGAAAACUGAGUGGCUUAAAAAGUGUCACGCAGGCUGGAGGGAAGGCACAGCCUACCCUGAUUGCUCUGGCUUUCUUCAGCAGCAGCAUCAACCCCAUCCUCUAUACCUUCACGGGUAGCAGCUUGCUCAAGGCAGCAGGUGUGGGCUUCAUGGCCAAGCUGUUUGAUGGCACAAGCUCUGAGAUACCCAGCUUACGGCAAGGUACUGGUCGGUCCACCCAGCAGCGUGAGGAGGUGGAGAUGAAGGUGGUGAGGAAUGAGAAUGAUGAGAACAUCGCCCCAACAGGAUUGUCAGUGGAGACCACGUUGGAUGGGUGCUGACAGCUCCUACCACCUUCAGCCAGCCCUUAGAAGACCCAGAUGGAUGGCUGCCUCCUUAACAGGGGUGAGGUGUA